GGUGGGAGGAGUAAAGAUGGCGGUGCGGGGGUCUCCGCCUUCUGCUCCUGGCUGAAGCGCUCUGACCGCGGUGGCAGCAGCAACCCAGGCAGCAGCCGCUGCAGCAGCGAUCUGUUGGUGGUGAUUUCAGCAGCGGCUGCCGAGUCCAGAGCCAUGGCAGAGCUGGAGCAUCUGGGCGGGAAGCGGGCGGAGUCGGCGCGAAUGCGGCGGGCAGAGCAGCUCCGGCGCUGGCGGGGCUCGCUGACAGAACAGGAGCCCUCCGAGAGGCGCGGCGCGGGGCGGCAGGCGCAGAGCCGCCGGGGGAGCCCUAGGGUCCGCUUCGAGGACGGCGCGGUCUUCCUGGCCGCCUGCUCCAGUGGGGACACGGACGAGGUGAAGAAGCUUCUGACAAGAGGCGCCGACAUCAACACGGUCAACGUGGACGGCUUGACAGCCCUGCACCAGGCCUGUAUUGAUGAAAAUUUGGAUAUGGUGAAGUUUUUGGUGGAGAACAGAGCCAACGUCAACCAGCAGGACAAUGAAGGCUGGACGCCCCUGCAUGCAGCGGCUUCCUGUGGCUAUCUCAACAUAGCAGAGUACUUCAUUAACCAUGGAGCCAGUGUGGGUAUUGUGAAUAACGAAGGGGAAGUCCCCUCUGACCUUGCAGAAGAGCCUGCCAUGAAGGACCUUCUUCUGGAGCAAGUAAAGAAGCAAGGAGUUGACCUAGAGCAGUCAAGGAAAGAAGAAGAACAACAGAUGCUGCAAGAUGCCCGCCAAUGGCUCAACAGCGGGAAAAUAGAGGAUGUGCGGCAGGCUCGCUCUGGGGCCACAGCCCUUCAUGUGGCUGCUGCCAAGGGCUACUCAGAGGUCCUCAGACUUUUAAUUCAGGCUGGCUAUGAACUGAAUGUUCAGGAUAAUGAUGGUUGGACUCCACUCCAUGCUGCAGCCCACUGGGGGGUGAAAGACGCUUGCUCCAUCCUUGCAGAAGCCCUCUGUGACAUGGACAUCAGGAACAAACUGGGCCAGACACCAUUUGAUGUGGCAGACGAGGGUCUUGUGGAGCACUUGGAGAUGCUCCAGAAGAAGCAGAAUGUGCUUCGAAGUGAACAAGAGACGCGGAAUAAGCUCAUUGAGUCAGACCUUAACAGCAAGUUGCAGAGUGGACUCUUUAAGAACAAAGAGAAGAUGCUCUAUGAGGAAGAGACCCCCAAGUCCCAGGAAAUGGAGGAAGAAAAUAAAGAAUCCAGCAGCUCCAGCUCAGAGGAGGAAGAAGGUGAAGAUGAAGCUUCAGAGUCAGAAACUGAGAAGGAGGCAGAUAAAAAGCCAGAAGCCAUUGUCAACCAUUCCAACUCUGAAAAGAAGAGCAGUAUCACAGAGCAGAUACCAGCACCGGCUCAAAAUACCUUCUCAGCCUCUUCUGCUAGGAGAUUCUCCUCCAGCCUUUUUAACAAGCCAGAAGAGCCCAAAGAUGAAUCCCCAUCUUCCUGGAGACUAGGACUCAGAAAGACUGGCAGCCACAACACGUUGAGUGAGGUGGCUAAUUCCAGGGAAGCUCUAAGGGACCGAGGCUCUUCCAUCUACCGCUCGUCCUCAAGCCCCCGGAUUUCUGCUCUACUGGACAACAAAGAUAAGGAGAGAGACAACAAAAGCUAUUUUAGUUCACUAGCAUCCCGGAGGCUGAACAACACAAGUGACAUUGAAGAGAAAGAGAACAGAGAAUCAGCCGUUAAUCUGGUGAGGAGCGGCUCCUAUAACCGGCAGCUGUGGAGGGAUGAAGCAAAGGGAAAUGAAACUUCACAGACAACUGCUCCGUCUACCUAUGUGUCAACCUACUUGAAAAGUGCUUCCUUUGGUAGAGGUAGUGACCCCACAAGUCCCUACAUUUCAGCCAAUCGCAAUUCAUCUCCUGCUUCCUCACCCAUUGUCAUUGGUUCAUCUACCUCUCCGGGCAGCCAGGGGCAGCCUGCCUCUUCUUGCCCUGCACCAGUCAGUACAAACACUGCUGCAUCUUUUCACCAUGGCAGGACCCCUUACAAAUCACAGGCUGACUCAACUGCAGAGAAAACAGGAGAAGGUAUCUCUUCUAGCACCCCACUCUGUGUGAUCACUAACCGCCCUCCGCCCAGCACUGCCAAUGGGGUCACAACCGCUGCAUUGCUCUCCACUCUGGGAACGGACUCCUCGGUGGAAAGCAGGGAGAGGAGGAGGUCAUAUCUGACUCCUGUACGGGAUGAAGAAGCAGAGUCUUUACGGAAAGCGCGCUCCAGACAAGCUCGGCAGACUCGAAGGUCCACUCAAGGUGUAACUCUAACAGAUCUUCAAGAAGCAGAGAGGACUUUCAGCCGGUCCAGGGCAGAGCGACAAGCUCAGGAGCAGCCCAGCCAGAAGCCCACGGGCUCUGAAGGCCUUGAGGGGAGCGCGGAGAAGCAUGAGCCCUCAGCAGUCCCUACAAAGGAAUCUGGGGAGGGCCGACAGCUCAGAGGCAGGGGUCUGGAUGUAGAGCCAGUCUGUCGCCGCCUAAGGGUCUCAGCUGAACCAGACAAGCCUACAUCUCCAGUGUCUCCUUCUGCAUCAAGAUCUCUCUAUACCAGUUCCCACCUGCUUCAGACAGGGAGAUCUUCAGUCCCUGAAUCUGAGAGUUCAGAGACCGCCACAAACACUGCCAAGGAAAUGGACAAAAAUGAGAGUGAAGAAGCAGAUUUGGAUGAUCAGUCCUCUAAUAGGCUAUCCAUUCGUGAAAGAAGGAGGCCCAAGGAACGAAGAAGAGGCACAGGCAUCAAUUUUUGGACAAAGGAUGAUGAUGACACUGAGGUUUCUGAAGAAGUUAAACAGGCAUGGCAUGAAAGACUUUCUAGGUUGGAAUCAGGAGGCAGUAAUCCAACAACCAGCGAUCCUUAUAGUGACCGGGCUUCAGCAAGGGCCCGCCGGGAGGCCCGGGAGGCUCGCCUGGCCAGCCUGACCAGCCGUGUGGAAGAGGACAGCAACAGGGAUUAUAGAAAACUCUACGAGAGUGCCCUGAGCGAAAACCAGAAGCUGAAAACAAAACUUCAGGAGGCCCAGCUAGAACUAGCUGAUAUAAAGUCCAAGCUUGAGAAGAUGGCUCAGCAGAAGCAAGAAAAGACCUCUGAUCGAUCUUCGAUGCUGGAACUGGAGAAACGGGAGAGGAGAGCCUUGGAGCGGAAAAUGUCAGAGAUGGAGGAAGAGAUGAAGAACCUCCACCAGCUAAAACAGAUCCAAACCUUGAAGCAGCUGAACGAGCAACUACAAGCUGAGAACAGGGCCCUGACCCGAGUUGUGGCCAGACUCUCGGAGUCCAACGAGUCCUCGGAAACUCAGGAGCUCUAGUUCUUGCCCCUCUUCUUCACCUCACUUCCCUCCUCCACCACUCCAGGUGUUAACGGAACUGAAAUCCGACAACCAGCGGCUGAAAGAUGAAAAUGGCGCCCUCAUCAGAGUCAUCAGCAAACUGUCCAAGUAGCCGAGGCUGUGGUGGAUUCAGGAGGGGAUGGACAGCAGUUGCCACCCCGCCCCACUUUUCCAGCCAUUGCCUUCCAACCAAAAGCAAGGGGCGUUUUGGUGGAAGGACUCUUCUCCUUGACCCUCCAGCCAUCGCCUCUGUACCGUAUUGCUCUCUGCACUCUCAGUGCCCCCCAUUCCACCUCCACCCCCAGCCCCCGAGUUUUAUGACAGUUUUCAUUGAAGCAUGAUUUGUGAUCAUUCAAGUCAUCUGGAGAAGGCCUUGAGGAGUGUACCAGGGUCAGCUGUGGACCCCUGACUUCCUGCUCCUCAGCUACUUGUCAGCCUUGGAUCUGUUCCAAACAUCAAAGGCCUCUGCCCAGACCAGGACACAGCCUUGUACACAAGCCAGUGCCCUCUGGUCUGGAGGAGUCUCAUGGUGGCCACUGCAGGAUCCCAUCUGGAAGGCCAAAAGCCACAGCAGGAUGUUGGAAUAAACACCGGGCAGCCUUAGGCUGUAUUUCCAUUAGAUUCCAAGGUGACAGCGGCUCUUCCUUGAGGGUUUCUGCCCGUCUUCACCUCUCAGGAACUGACUUUUGUCUGA